UUCUACAGAUAUUAUGUUUUAGUGUCAAUCCAAACGUUGCCACAAUUCAAAGAGUGAAGUUUUCAUUUCCUUCCUCCCAGCUACGUCCAGGUCUUAGAAUCAAUGCACACAAAACCUAAGGGAACAUUUCCUUGUUAAUCAAAACGAACGAAGUAAGUAACAAUGUGAUCUUGUUUCCAAUAUGGAUAUAAGGCUAGUGUUUUUCGUCAUCUGUGCCUGUUUUAUGAUACACUCUCCUGCUCAAUCACCUGUUAAAGAGGUACACAUUCUUGGAGACUUCGUUUUGGGAGCGUUGUUUCCAAUACACGACUCCAAAGACGGAACCUGUACGUCAGAGGUCAACGAACAAGAUGGGAUCCAGAUUCUGGAGGCCACCAUUUAUGCUCUCAGUGAAGUGAACACUUCUCUGGCAAGAAAAGGAUUUAGUUUGGGAUUAGUAGCCAGGGACUCCUGCUAUGAUACAAGUAUAGCACUACAGAACGCACUGGAGUUUGCACAGAAGCGAUAUAACUCUCAACCAAAUAGGUUUGAGAACUGUACCUGUUCUUCGACAGAUGCCAACAACAUCAUUGGUGUAAUUGGUCCCCCAAGAAGCAAGGAAACCGUAGAUGUAGCAAAUCUACUUACUUUGUUCAAAGUUCCACAGAUCAGUUACUUUGCCACAACCCCAGAACUAAGCGACAAUGUUAGAUACAAAUACUUCAAGAGGACUGUUCCAUCUGAUACCUUCCAGGCCAAAGCAUUAGUCAGUAUACUGCGUUCUUUGGAUUGGCAAUAUGCAAGCAUUCUUUACGAAGAUAGUAACUAUGGAACCGAGGGGUACACAGAAAUCAAAGCUGCCGCAGAGGAUGCUGGGAUAUGUUUUGGGUUCGAUAAAAAAGUAAAGGAAUCAAGCAAAGAAGAGGAGCUGGAAAAUAUCGUGAAAGAUUUGAUGAAAAAGAAAAACACAAACGGAAAAGUCGUCGCUAUCUUAUUCAUGCAAUAUGCCUUGGCAUACAGAAUAAUGGUGAUGGUAGAUAAAUCGUAUAAUAGUUCUGACGUCAUUUGGGUCGGAGGUGACGCGUGGAUAGGAAGGGAGCCACCUAGCGGUCACAAGAAAAUUAUUGAAGGAGCCAUAGGGAUCAGUCCUGAAACUAGAAAGUAUCCAGGAUUUGCCGAGUACUUUAAAAGAAUAAAUAUAAGUAACAGUCCUAACCCCUGGUUUGGUGAAUACUUGAAACAAAGGUACGGCUGUUCUUUAACUGACAAGAAGAAUAGCUGCUCUGCAAUCCAAAUCAAAGAUUUUAGGGAACUGUUAACAGCCUACAAUGUCCGAAAUGCUGUAUACUCUUUUGGGAGUGCCCUGGAUAAUAUUCACACUUUACUCUGUGGAGAAAAUUGGGGUGUAUGUCAAUCAAUGGAAAAUAACCUUACAGGAAAUCUGAUACUCCAAUAUUUGUCCAACGUUUCAAAUCCCUUCAACACAAGUUUCCAUUUUGUAAAUGGUGGUGACGGUCCCAUCCGAUACAGCGUGUUACAAUACAAGAGGCAGCAAAAUGAUUAUAGAUGGAUUGAAAAAGGAAAUUAUUCUGGACAGGAAUUGAUAUGGAAAACAAUGAAUCGACCUGAAUACACCGCUUCUGUGUGUUCGCUGCCUUGUCAGAAAGGUCAGUUUCGGAGCAGAGGCGAGGUUUGCUGCUGGGAGUGUAAAGAAUGUGACUACACAGAGAUUGUAAAUGCUUCUGAUCCGUACAACUGUCAGACAUGUGAUAUCAAUUCCGGAAGGACAUCCAAUCCUUCUCAGAACGUUUGUGUGGAAAUCCCUGUCGAUCAUCUUCAUUAUGAUAACCCGUCUAUUCUGGUGAUUUUCGUAUUAUCUACUCUCGGAAUCAUCAUUUGUUGUGUUGUGUCUGUUGUUUUUAUCCUCAAACGGACUACACCUAUAGUGAAGGCCACUGGUUUUGAGACAAGUAUAGUCCUUCUUGUAGGAAUCCUUUUCUCUUAUAUUUCUCCAUUUAUUCUUGUAAGUGAACCCACUAUCGCUUCGUGUGCCUUUUUCAGAGUGUUUCUAGGUCUCAGUUAUACGAUGGCUUAUUCGUCCAUUUUUUCAAAACUGAUGGUCUACAAUCGAGCCUUUGAUGUGCAGUCAUCAAUAAAAAACAAAUCAAUCCAGGGACAAACAGUAUUAAACAGAAAUAUCUGCACUAUGAAGACAGCCCUUAUUAUAUCACUGUCGCUCUCAGGCUUGCAUUUCCUUGCUCUGGUUUUCUGGAGUAUUGGGGACACUCCGUCACCAGUAGUCAAAUACUCCGUGACACGAGAAGAAGCCAUUGGUAUUUUGUCAUGUGCGGAUCUGGACAAUUUUAGCUAUUUUGUGAGCCUUGCCUUUUCAUUCUUGUUAAUGAUUGCUUGUUUGGUGUUUGCAAUUAAAACAAGAAAACUUCCUGAUGGUAUGAACGAUUCUCAUGAGAUUAUGUAUUGUUCUUUCACUUCUUUUGUACUCUGGAUUGCGUUCAUUCCUUUGUAUGCUUUCUCUGAAAAUAAACUUGUCAAAGUUAUGUCCCUUUCCAUAUCGCUGAUCAUCCACGGUUCAGCUUGUUUACUGUGUCUCUUUAUAACUAAGAUGUACAUUGUGAUAUUUCGCCCCGAGAAGAACAACAAGGAAAGAGUCAUGAGGACGACACCAAGUCGAAGUCGAGACUCGUACAGCGGAAGUUUCCAAGGCAGUCGUACGUUUGAAAAGAGGCAAUCCUUUGGUGUGACUUUGGAGGAGAAAACCUCCACUAACUGCACCAGAAAACUUUCCUCAGCCUGUGUUGCAGACGACACGGAGGAAGAAGGGGAAGACUACUCUGCCACAACCGGAACUCUACCCUUUAAAAACUCGAUCGUAAUCGACAGAUCUGAGAAGUAUUCUGAGGAGGCUGAGACUGUUGUCAAUUCGCUAAACAGAAACAGUGGUGAAAAACUCCUAGGGAAUAAAGAGGAUUUAGAGAAUAUAACAACAGGGGAUACCUUGCCAAAUCACAAAAUCAAUGGGGAUAUUUUUAAAAAUCAGGAUGAGGAUGAAAGAACUGCAGAACAUACAAACCAAGGCAGCUUUCUUAAAAAUAUAGGAGUCAAGUCGAGUAGUUUCUUGAAACGAAUGACGUCACGCAGAUCAGAAAAAUCGCAUGUCAGUCAGGAAAAUAUAACCGAGGGAGGAAAUCAGAACAGCAAAUCAGAGAAGACGGUCAGAAGACUGUCUCAGUCAUUGCCGGAUGUUCAUUUUAAUAACACCUAAGAUUUCAUCAAUUCAUUUCAUUUGUGUAUAUAUACACUGUAGUGUCAAUACUCAUAUUUUCAAAGUUAUUUAUUUGAAUUCACUCGCAAUAUCAUUUUAAAAUACUCAUUUCUAUUAUACCUCAUUUGUUAUUGAUUAAAAAUCAAAGCCAAAUACAAGUCAAUUUUUCGUGAAGAUUUAUAAAAUUGAGUCAAAUGUUGACUACGUUUUUCAUACUAAUUGAAUAUUGUUCUUUAUCUCCAUAUCCUUCAUCAUAUGAAGAAAGUGAAACAGGUUUUCCUAAGUGCAUUCCUAUUUACAUUAUUACAUAUUUGGGAUAAUGUUUUUGUCUAUGGUUAUCUCAGGACCAUGUAUUCAUGUUAUAUUAAUUGCAGAAAAAUGACCGAAAUACAAGAUUCUCAAGAUUCAAGAGAUAACUAUUCUCUUCCUCUUCUAAG